AUGGCUCCCAAGUCCAAGCAGUCGUCGAGGAAGGGCAAGGAAGCCGCUGCUGCUGCUACUACGGCCGCUCAAUACGAGUACUACGAUGAGGUUUCUCCCGCUGGCACGACGGGUAGUUACUAUGCCUCCUCGUCGACCACGGCUACGACCGGACCUAGUCCUCUGACGGAGUAUGACGAGACGCCCGGUGCGGCGGCGGCAGCGGGGACGACUACGGCUGUCGUCCAGUCCAAGUCGAUCCGGAGCGAGGGCGAGAUCGUGUUACAGGGCCCGCUCGAGGUCGCUGGUUCUGUGAAAGCCGGGGGCAACAUCACGCUGAACGGGGACUUUGAUGUGAGGGAUAAGGUUGAGGCGUACGGGACGGUCGAUGUCAAUGGGAAUUUGGUUUGCGAUGGGAAGAUGAAAGCAUAUGGCAAUAUUUCAGUGGUGGGGUACAUGUCUGUCGGUGAUAAGGUCAAAGGUUUCGGAAAGUUGAGGGUCAUGGGAACGUGUGAAGUAAAUGACCUCGAGAUAUACGGGAACACGACGAUACAUGGGUUCUUGAAAUGCAAGAAAAUGCUUCUGUAUGGGUCCCUCACAAUCGUGGGUCCGAAUUCUGGGUAUCACGUUGAAGAAGAAGAGAAGAUUUGGGGCGCGAUUAUAAGUCGCGAGGAAGAUACGAGUUGGUGA